UAUGCUUUGCAAAUUGUGUUAAACUUUCAUUCAAAAUUAAACAAAUAAAUUUAUUUAUUCACUUCUAUUUCUAAAAACAUAAAAUAAUCUUAAAAUUAUUGAAACACAAAAACAACAAUAAAACAAUUUUGAAGCCAAUGUCUGUGUUAGGCCGCUCGUCGCAUCGGUGUGUUAGAUCCUUAGGGCAAAAUGUCAGCGGAGUAUUCACACGAUGCAACUCCUCGAGUAAAUGUGAUGCGAAGGACGGUGGCAAAGGUGGUAAAGGAGAUUUGCGUACAGUUCUCACUGAAAAAAUCAAAUCUGAACAAGAGAGAAUCAAGAAAUUUGUCAAGGAGCAUGGUAAAACGAAAGUGGGCGAAGUGAGCAUAUCACAAAUUUACGGUGGUAUGCGUGGCAUACCGGCAUUACUUUGCGAAACCUCUAUACUCGAUCCCGACGAGGGUAUACGUUUCCGUGGACUCAGCAUACCGGAAUGCCACGAAAAAUUACCGAAGGCUGAGUGCGGUGAUGAACCCUUGCCGGAGGCCAUAUUUUGGCUAUUAUUGACGGCGGAUGUGCCGACAGCGGAACAGGCAAAAAUGAUUACGGACGAAUGGAAUGCAAAGGGCGAAUUGCCGGACUAUGUUAAGAAAAUGUUGGAUAAUUUACCAAAAGAGCUGCAUCCAAUGACGCAUUUUUCAAUGGCCGUAACAUCGCUCAACAAACAUAGUAAAUUCUUGAAGGCCUACCAUAAGGGCGUGAAGCGAACCGAAUUCUGGAAGUAUUCACUGGAGGACGGCAUGAUAUUACUCGCCAAAUUGCCAAGUAUAGCGGCGCGAAUUUAUCGAAAUAUCUAUCAUAACGGCAAAGGUUGCGAUACGAUCGAUAAGAAGCUGGAUUGGUCGGCCAACUAUGCACGCAUGCUAGGCUUUAACGAUCCAUUUUUUUCCGAAGUUUUACGUCUAUAUUUGUAUGUGCAUUGCGACCACGAUUCGGGCAAUGUGUCUUCACACACCACCCAUUUAGUCGCUUCGGCAUUAAGUGAUCCGUUUCUCGCAUAUGCCGCCGGUCUAAAUGGCUUAGCCGGUCCCCUGCAUGGACUGGCCAAUCAACAGGUAUUGGUAUGGAUUGAAAAAAUGCAAAAAGAAUUGGGUAGUAAAAAUCCUCCAGAGGAAAAAAUCAAAGAAUAUGUACAAAAAACAUUGAAAUCCGGUCAAGUCAUACCCGGUUACGGACAUGCGGUCUUACGGAAGACCGAUCCACGUUAUCUGGCGCAACAAGUAUUCGCCGACAAGUAUUUGCCGAAAUACGAAACAUAUCAGUUGGUGCGGAAAAUUUACAAAGUGGUGCCACCCAUACUACAAUCUCUGAAGAAAGUAAGAAAUCCCUGGGCCAAUGUGGAUGCACAUUCCGGUGUCUUGUUGCAGUAUUACGGCUUGAAGGAAAUGCAAUACUAUACGGUGUUGUUUGGUGUUUCGCGUGCGAUUGGUGCGAUGUCGUCCAUCACUUGGCAUCGUGCCCUGCAAAUACCCAUCGAGCGGCCGGUCAGCUUCACCAGCGAUGCACUAAUGGCGCUUGUGAAGAAAAAAGAGUCAAAAGCUGGCGAAGGCGAUAAAUGUAAAGCUGAAGAUAAGGGCAAAGGUAAAGAUAAAGAGAAAGGUGAUAAAAAACCGAAAAAAGUUUAAGUUCGUUGCAAUCAAAUAUUGCCUUGUACUAUACCGUGUGCUUUAAACAGCGUCCUCUCAAAAUUAACUGUUAACCGUUAUACAUGUUCCGUUAAACGAAUUAAAAUGCGUUUAUUAUUCAGCUAAA